CAGUUUACUCAUUCUAGUAAUUAAAAUUCAAGUGAACUGUGUGUUGGUCAAUAGUACAAGUAACAUGUCAAGUGCACCAGUAGCAGCACCAUCACAUAGACACAUGGGCAGGGGUGACCGUCGGAUGUUUGCAGCGUCCGAUGACAGCACCAUGCUCAAGCAGAUCCAAGGCACCCAUGCCCCUGAUGGCCGAGAGGUGGAUGUUAGGCCCAUUCUUGACGUUGUUGAGGAUGUCUUUAGGCGCGCCACCCCUACUGUUCAUGGGGAACAUCCUGCACAUAGUGAUUCCUUGGAAGAUAAGACUAGUGAAGCCGUCAUGGAUGGAAAUGGAAUGCUUGAAACAUUAGCUUAUAUCAUUCAAAAGGUCUCUUGUGAGAUAACAUGCAAGUGCUCCGGAGGAGGAGACGCACAUGCAACGACAAUGUCACUUCUGAACAUGCUUUCAAACUAUUCCUGGGAUGCUAAAGUAGCGAUAGCUCUUGCAGCGUUGGCAAUAGCCUAUGGAGAAUUCGGGUUGGUGAUUCAGCUCUACGCAACUCAUGCUCUUGCCAAGUCUGUUGCUGUCCUCAAGCAGCUGCCCGACUUGAUAGAGCAUUCUAAUGCACUGAAAUCUCGAUUUGAAGCGCUCAACAAUCUAAUUGAGGCGAUGUUGGAUGUAACCAAGAGGAUCUUGGAGUUCAGGCAUCUGCCUCGUCAAUACAUCUCGCCUGAUCAACCGCCUUUAUCUGUUGCUAUGACUCACAUUCCAACAGCAGCUUAUUGGACUAUUAGGAGUGUGGUGGCUUGUGCGACUCAGAUCGCUAGCCUAAUUGGCAUGAGCAAUGAGUAUAUUACAUCAACCACAGAAGCGUGGGAGCUUUCGAGCUUGGCUCAUAAGGAGAAAAAUAUUCACGAUCAUCUCAUGCAACAACUUGCUCUUUGCUAUCAGCAUAUAGAUGAAAAGAAACACAUAGAGGCAUACAACAAUCUUGUGCGUGUGUUUGAGUUACCCCAGCUUGACAAUGUCAGGAUUUUAAGGCAUUUGAUAUACAUGAAGGAUGACAUACAACCUCUUGUAGAUGGCAAUAGCAAAUCAAAGGUUCAUGUUGAAGCACUCAGAAGAAAGACAGUGCUGUUACUCAUCUCAGAUCUAGAUGUCUCCAUGGAAGAACUAAUGAUUCUAGACCACAUUUACAGAGAAUCAAGGGCAAGACCCGAGUUCCAAUACGAGAUUGUUUGGGUACCUAUAAUAGACAAGUCUGUCCCUUGGACCGAGGCACACGAGCAAAAAUUUGAGCAGCUGCAGUCCAUGAUGUCCUGGCACACUCUGAUCCACCCCAAGAUUAUGGAGCCUGCAGCAAUCAGGUAUAUCAAGGAGGUUUGGCGCUUUGCGAAACGGAUGAUUCUUGUUGUGUUGGACCCUCAAGGCAAAGUGGCUAACCCGAAUGCCCUUCAUAUGUUCUUGAUUUGGGGAAAUAUGGCCUUUCCUUUUACUGCUAUGAAGGAGGAAGCUCUUUGGAGAGAUGAGACUUGGAGACUUGAACUCUUAGUAGAUGCCAUUGAUCCUAACAUUCUUCAUUGGAUUGAACAAGAAAAGCACAUUUGUGUGUAUGGAGGCGAAGACAUAGAUUGGGUAAGAACAUUCACUAGCACUGCAAAACAAGUAGCACACAGUUUAGGAAUCGACUUAGAGCUAGUCUAUGUCGGAAAAAGCAAUGCAAAGGAGCGAAUGAGGAAAAUCACAAACAUCAUAAACCAAGAACAGCUUAGCCAUUACUGGCCGGACUUAACCUCAAUUUGGUACUUUUGGACUAGGCUUGAGUGCAUGUUAUACUCGAAAAUGCAACACGGGAAGAAUGUUGAGACUGAUAUCAUAAUGCAAGAGGUAAUGACAGUACUAAGCUUUGACGGGAGUGACCAAGGAUGGGCUACAAUGUGGUUCGGGUCAACUGAAACGGCCCGAGCCAAAGGAGACAUGAUUUUACAAUGCCUUCAAAUGUUUCACGAGUGGGAUGAAAAUGCAAGGAUGAAAGGGUUCAUACCUGCUUUAAGGGAUCAUUUGCAGCAGCUUCAUACUCCACAUCACUGCAAUAGGCUCAUACUCCCAGGAGUUGAAGGUGGAAUUCCCGAGAGAGUAAUGUGCGCAGAAUGUGGAAAGGCGAUGGAGAAGUACUUCAUGUAUCGCUGCUGCUCUGAAUAAACCUGUCAUUUCUUCAAACCAUAAUUAUUAUUCAAUUUCAUGCAGUUAAUUCAAAUAGUUUUGCCUUAGGUUCAACAUUUCUAUGUUUUAAAGUAUGCUUUCUUUAGGAGCUGCUAUAUGUUAGCUUCUCACCAACUCCAUUAAGCUGCAAUGUGUAUAAGCAAAGAUCGAGUUUUAGACUAAUGUGUGCAAGUAUUCUGCUGAGUAUAAUGUAAUGGAGUAGUAAUGAAUUAAAGAUUGUUUCUUUCUAAA